CCCCAGUGGCCCGUCUCCGGCCGCCUGGCCCUGCGGGGAAGCCAGGCCCCCGGCCCACCCCGGCCAACGCCUCCUCGCUCCCCAGCCAGCUCUUCUUUCGGACCAUGGCGCAGAACCUGACGGCCAAACUGGCCCGGUACAACGGGACCCUGCUGCAGCGCCUGGAGAGUUACCUCCACGCCACACGCUACCCGCUCCGCGGCAACCAAACCAUCGCCAGCGUGGCCAGGACCAUCUACCUCUACCUGGUGCACAGGAAGUCCCUGGAGGAACAGGAGAUGGUCUACGUGGGGCUGGGCCAGCAUUCAAAGGAGCUCGGGGUCAUGGCACCCACCCUGGGGCACCCUGCGGAGGAGCCCACAGGGCCUCCCGGCCGCCUCCAGUUAGCCGGGAAGGAGGGCGGCAUCUUCUCGGAGGGCUCCCCUGGCUGGGCCACGGGGCCCAGGGGCCACGCCAAGCCGGCGGUGGUGGCCCGCUCCCCCGGCGCCAUUGUGGUCUCGCUGGAGGGCAUGCGUGGCCACGCAGAGCGCAUGGUGGUCCGCUACUGGCGGGCGGGCGACGGCGGAGGAGCGGGGGAGCUGGCGGUUCCCGGCGACGCCGCGGCGGUUCGCCUGCACGGCCUGGCGCCUGGCACCACCUACCAGGUGGAGAUCCAUGGCCUGGUCCAGGGGCGGCUCUCCAAGUCCUAUUCCUUUGUCGCCUCCACAGCUCCAGAGGCAUCUGGCACCGAGCCCCCCCCCACGCCCAGCCUCUCCCGCCCUGGGCCACCCCCAGGGGACCUGGCCGUGACAGACGUCUCCCCCGACCGGUUCCGCGUCACCUGGACGGCCACGACUGGCACCUUCCAGCACUUCCUGCUGCAGUACCAGAAGCCCGGCUCCCGGGUGCCCCCCGGGCAGACCCAGGUGCCUGGGGGGAAGAGGAGUGUGAUCCUCACCCAGCUGAGCCCCGGCACCGAAUACGAGGUGGAGCUGCGGGGGGUGGCACCUGACGGGACCAUCUCAGAGCCCAUCACCACCAGCGUGUCGACAGCACCCCUUGGUGGGGGCCCCAGGCCAAGCGACCUGGGGGCCCUGGGGGUCAGGAACGUGACCAGCGAUGGGUUUGGGCUCCAGUGGAGGGCGCCGAAGGGCCUGUUCCAGUCCUUCCUGCUGCGCUACGAAGAUGCAGCCGGGCGCAUGGGGCCCCGGGAGGCCGAGGUGCCGCAGGACCAGCGGGCUACCCGUGUUGGGGGGCUGCGGCCUGGCACCGAGUACAACGUCACGCUGUACGGGGUGUACCGCGGCCAGCUCUCACCCCCACUCAGAGCCAGAGUCCGGACAGCACCAGCAGAACCCAGCACCCAGCCCAGCCUGGGGGAGCUCUCGGCCUCCAAUGUCACCCACGACUCCGCCCUGCUCUCCUGGACCGUCCGGGCCGGGGACUUCGACUCCUUCCUCCUGCAGUACAAGGACGCGGAGGGCAAACCCCAGGCCCUGCCCGUGGAUGGGGGAUCCCGCACGGUCACCGUCACCAGCCUGGCCCCCUCCCGCAGAUACAAGUUCAACCUGUACGGCAUCUCUGGCCGCAAGCGCCUCGGCCCCGUCUCCACCGACACCGUCACAGCCAAGGAGCCGCGGGAGCCGGAACUCACCCCCCAGCCCAGCCUGGGGGAGCUCUCAGCCUCCGAUGUCACCCACGACUCCACCCUGCUCUCCUGGACCAUCCAGGCCGGGGACUUCGACUCCUUCCUCCUGCAGUACAAGGACGCAGAGGGCAAACCCCAGGCGCUGCCCAUGGACAGGGGAUCCCGCACGGUCACCAUCACCAACCUGGCCCCCUCCCGCAGAUACAAGUUCAACCUCUACGGCAUCUCCGGCCGCAAGCGCCUCGGCCCCAUCUCCACCGACACUGUCACAGCCGCAGCGCCGCCGAAGGAGGUACCCACCACCCAGCCCAGCCUGGGGGAGCUCUCGGCCUCCGACGUAACCCACGACUCCAUCCUGCUCUCCUGGACCGUCCAGGCUGGGGACUUCGACUCCUUCCUCCUCCAGUACAAGGACGCGGAGGGAAAACCCCAGGCGCUGCCCAUGGAUCGGGGAUCCCGCACAGUGACCGUAACCAAUCUGGCACCAUCCCGCCGAUACAAGUUCAACCUCUACGGCAUCUCCGGCCGCAAGCGCCUCGGUCCCAUCUCCACCGAUGCCAUUACAGUUGCAGUGCGGCGGGAGGAAGAAACCACCGCCAAGCCCAGCCUGGGGGAGCUCUCGGCCUCCGACGUAACCCAUGACUCCAUCCGGCUCUCCUGGACCGUCCAGGCCGGGGACUUCGACUCCUUCCUCCUCCAGUACAAGGAUGCGGAGGGCAAACCGCAGGCGCUGCCCGUAGACGGAGAAUCCCGCACGGUCACUGUCACCAACCUGGCCCCCUCCCACAGAUACAACUUCAAAUUCUAUGGUGUCUCCGGCCACAAGCGCCUUGGGCCUAUCUCCACUAAUGCAGUCACAGCCACGGCACCGACAGAGGCGGUACCCACGGCCCAGCCCAGCCUGGGAGAGCUCUCGGCCUCCGACGUCACCCACGACUCCAUCCUGCUCUCCUGGACCAUCCAGGCUGGGGACUUUGACUCCUUCCUCCUGCAGUAUAAGGACGCAGAAGGCAAACCCCAGGCGCUGCCCGUGGACGGGGGAUCCCGCACAGUCACCGUAACCAAUCUGGCCCCCUCCCGCAGAUACAAGUUCAACCUCUACGGCAUCUACGGCCGCAAGCGCCUCGGCCCCGUCUCCACCGACACCGUCACAGCCAUGGCGCCGCAGGAGGAGGCAGUUGGGAUGCAGCUCCGCCUGGGGGAGCUCUCAGCGGCCAACGCAGCCCACAACUCCAUCGACCUCUCCUGGACCGUGGAAGAGGGGACAUUUGACUCCUUCAUCCUCCAGUACCGGGACGCAGAGGGCAACCCCCGGGCGCUGCCCGUGGACGGUGCCCUGCGCUCCCUCCACCUCCAUGAUCUGGGCCCCUCCCGCAGAUACAAGUUCAACCUCUACGGCAUCUCUGGCCGCAAGCGCCUCGGCCCUGUCUCCACUGACGCCGUCACAGCCGCAGCACCGACGGAGGCAAUACCCACCGCCCAGCCCAGCCUGGGGGAGUUCUCAGCCUCCAACGUCACCCACGACUCCGUCCUGCUCUCCUGGACUGUCCAGGCUGGGGACUUCGAUUCCUUCCUCCUCCAGUACAAGAACAUGGAGGGCAGACCCCAGGCACUGCCCGUGGACGGGGGAUCCCGCACGGUCACCAUCAACAGCCUGGCCCCCUCCCGCAGAUACAAGUUCAACCUCUACGGCAUCUCUGGCCGCAAGCACCUCGGCCCCGUCUCCACCGACGCCGUCACAGCCCCGUGGAAAGAGGAACCUGCCCCCCAGCCCAGCCUGGGGGAGCUCUCGGCCUCUGACGUCACCCACGACUCCAUCCAGCUCUCCUGGACCGUCCAGGCCGGGGACUUUGACUCCUUCCUCCUGCAGUACAAGGACACGGAGGGCAAACCCCAGGCGCUUCCCGUGGAUGGGGGAUCCCGCAGGGUCACCGUUACCAACCUGGCCCCCUCCCGCAGAUACAAGUUCAACCUCUACGGCAUCUACGGCCGCAAGCGCCUCGGGCCCAUCUCCACCGACAGCGUCACAGCCGCAGCACCCACAGAAGAGGUACCCACCCCCCAGCCAAGCCUGGGGGAGCUCUCGGCCUCCGACAUCACCCACGACUCCAUCCGGCUCUCCUGGACCAUCCAGGCUGGGGUCUUUGACUCCUUCCUCCUGCAGUACAAGGACACGGAGGGCAAACCCCAGGCUCUGCCUGUGGAUGGAGGAUCCCGCAUGGUCACCGUCACCAGCCUGGCCCCCUCCCGCAGAUACAAGUUCAACCUCUACGGCAUCUACGGCCGCAAGCGCCUCGGGCCCAUCUCCACCGACAGCGUCACAGCACCCACAGAAGAGGUACCCACCCCCCAGCCAAGCCUGGGGGAGCUCUCAGCCUCCGACAUCACCCACGACUCCAUCCGGCUCUCCUGGACCGUCCUGGCCGGAGACUUUGACUCCUUCCUCCUGCAGUACAAGAACGCAGAGGGCAAACCCCAGGCCCUGCCCGUGGAUGGGGGAUCCCGCACGGUCACCGUCACCAACCUGGCCCCCUCCCGCAGAUACAAGUUCAACCUCUACGGCAUCUCCGACCGCAAGCGCCUCGGGCCCAUCUCCAUCGACAGCGUCACAGCCCCGUGGAAAGAGGAACCUGCCCCCCAGCCCAGCCUGGGGGAGCUCUCGGCCUCCGACGUCACCCAUGACUCCAUCCGGCUCUCCUGGACCAUCCAAGGCGGAGACUUCGACUCCUUUAUCCUCCAGUAUAAGGACAUGGAGGGCAAACUCCAGGCACUGCCCAUGGACGGAGGAUCUCGUACAGUCACCGUAACAAACCUGGCCCCUUCCCGCAGAUACAAGUUCAACCUCUACGGCAUCUACGGCCGCAAGCGCCUCGGGCCCGUCUCCACCGACACCGUAACAGCUGCAGCACCCACAGAAGAGGUGCCCACCCCCCAGCCCAGCCUGGGGGAGCUCUCGGCCUCCAACGUCACCCACGACUCCAUCCGGCUCUCCUGGACCAUCCAGACUGGGGACUUUGACUCCUUCCUCCUACAGUACAAGGACACGGAGGGCAAACCCCAAGCGCUGCCCGUGGAUGGAGGAUCCCGCACGGUCACCGUCACCAACCUGGCCCCCUCCCGCAGAUACAAGUUCAACCUCUACGGCAUCUCCGGCCGCAAGCGCCUCGGCCCCAUCUCCACCGACGGCGUCACAGCACCCACAGAAGAGGUACCAACCUCCCAGCCCAGCCUGGGGGAGCUCUCGGCCUCCAACGUCACCCACGACUCCAUCCGGCUCUCCUGGACCGUCCAGGCUGGGGACUUCGACUCCUUCCUCCUCCAGUACAAGGACACGGAGGGCAAACGCCAGGCUCUGCCCAUGGAUGGGGGAUCCCGCACGGUCACCGUCACCAAUCUGGCCCCCUCCCACAGAUACAAGUUCAACCUCUACGGCAUCUACGGCCGCAAGCGCCUUGGCCCCGUCUCCACCGACGGCGUCACAGCCGCAGCACCCACAGAAGAGGUACCCACCCCCCAGCCAAGCCUGGGGGAGCUCUCAGCCUCCGACAUCACCCACGACUCCAUCCGGCUCUCCUGGACCGUCCUGGCCGGAGACUUUGACUCCUUCCUCCUGCAGUACAAGGACGCUGAGGGCAAACCCCAAGCGCUGCCCAUGGAUGGAGGAUCCCGCACGGUCACCGUCACCAACCUGUCCCCCUCCCACAGAUACAAGUUCAACCUCUACGGCAUCUACGGCCGCAAGCGCCUCGGGCCCGUCUCCACUGACGGCGUCACAGAUGCAGCACCCACAGAAGAGGUACCAACCGUCCAGCCCAGCCUGGGGGAGCUCUUGGCCUCCAACGUCACCCACGAUUCCAUCCAGCUCUCCUGGACCGUCCAGGCUGGGGACUUCGACUCCUUCCUCCUGCAGUACAAGGACUCUGAUGGCAAACCCCAAGCGCUACCCGUGGAUGGAGGAUCCCGCACAGUCACCGUCACCAGCCUGGCCCCCUCCCGGAGAUACAAGUUCAACCUCUACGGCAUCUUCGGCCGCAAGCGCCUCGGGCCCGUCUCCACCGACAGCAUCACAGCCCCGUGGAAAGAGGAACCUGCCCCCCAGCCCAGCCUGGGGGAGCUCUCGGCCUCCAACGUCACCAACGACUCCAUCCGGCUCUCCUGGACCGUCCAGGCCGGGGACUUUGACUCCUUCCUCCUGCAGUACAAGGACACGGAGGGCAAACCCCAAGCACUGCCUGUGGAUGGAGGAUCCCGCACGGUCACCGUCACCAACCUGGCCCCCUCCCGCAGAUACAAGUUCAACCUCUAUGGCAUCUACGACCGCAAGCGCCUCGGGCCCAUCUCCACCGACAGCGUCACAGCCGCGGCACCGAAGGUUGAGGUACCCACCCCCCAGCCGAGCCUGGGGGAGCUCUCGGCCUCUGAUGUCACCCACGACUCCAUCCGGGUCUCCUGGACCGUCCAGACUGGGGAGUUUGACUCCUUUAUCCUCCAAUACAAGGACACGGAGGGCAAACCUCAGGUGCUGCCCGUGGACGGGGGAUCCCGCACGGUCACCGUCACCAACCUGGCCCCCUCCCGCAGAUACAAGUUCAACCUCUAUGGCAUCUCCGGCCGCAAGCGCCUCGGCCCCAUCUCCACCGACAGCGUUACAGAUGCAGCACCCACAGAACAGGUGCCCACCGUCCAGCCCAGCCUGGGAGAGCUCUCGGCCUCCAACGUCACCCACGACUCCAUCCAGCUCUCCUGGACCGUCCAGGCUGGGGACUUCGACUCCUUCCUCCUGCAGUACAAGGACGCGGAGGGCAAACCCCAAGCACUGCCCGUGGAUGGAGGAUCCCGCAGGGUCACCGUUACCAACCUGGCCCCCUCCCGCAGAUACAAGUUCAACCUCUACGGCAUCUACGGCCGCAAGCGCCUCGGGCCCGUCUCCACCGACAGCGUCACAGCAGCACCACCAGGAAAGGAGGAACCUGCCCCCCAGACCGGCCUGGGGGAGCUCUCGGCCUCCGACGUCACCCACAACUCCAUCCAGCUCUCCUGGACCGUCCAGGCCGGGGACUUCGACUCCUUCCUCCUGCAGUACAAGGACGUGGAGGGCAAACCCCAGGCGCUUCCCGUGGACGGGGGAUCCCGCACGGUCACCGUCACCAACCUGGCCCCCUCCCGCAGAUACAAGUUCAACCUCUACGGCAUCUCCGGCCGCAAGCGCCUCGGCCCCGUCUCCACCGACACCGUCACAGCUGUGGCACCAUGGGACAAGGGAGCAGGGACGCAGCUACGCCUGGGGGAGCUCUCAGCCUCCAAUGUCACCCACGACUCCACCCUACUCUCCUGGACCGUGGAGGAGGGGACCUUCGACUCCUUCCUCCUGCAGUACAAGGACGCGGAAGGCAAACCCCAGGCGCUGCCUGUGGACGGGGGAUCCCGCACGGUCACCGUCACCAACCUGGCCCCCUCCCGCAGAUACAAGUUCAACCUCUACGGCAUCUCCGGCCGCAAGCGCGUCGGGCCCAUCUCCACCGACGCCGUCACAGCCGUGGGGCCGCCAGAGGGGGAACCCACCGCCCAGCCCAGCCUGGGGGAGCUCUCGGCCUCCAGCGUCACCCACGACUCCGUCCGGCUCUCCUGGACCGUCCAGGCCGGGGACUUCGACUCCUUCCUCCUGCAGUACAAGGACGCGGAGGGCAAACCCCAGGUGCUGCCCGUGGACGGGGGAUCCCGCACGGUCACUGUCACCAGCCUGGCCCCCUCCCGCAGAUACAAGUUCAACCUCUACGGCAUCUCCGGCCGCAAGCGCCUCGGGCCCGUCUCCACCGACACCGUCACAGCACCGCGGGAGGAGGGAGCCGGGAUGCAGCUCCGCCUGGGGCCGCUCUCGGCCUCUGAUGUCACCCACGACUCCCUCCAUCUAUCCUGGACCGUGGAGGAAGGGACCUUCGACUCCUUCAUCCUCCAGUACCGGGACGCGGACAGCAAACCCCAGGUGCUGCCCGUGGACGGGGGAUCCCGCACGGUCACUGUCACCAACCUGGCCCCCUCCCGCAGAUACAAGUUCAACCUCUACGGCAUCUACGGCCGCAAGCGCCUUGGACCCGUCUCUACCGACGCUGUCACAGGCCGGCUGGACAAGGACGAGGAGGAGGAGGAAGGGGCCACGCAGCCCAAGCUGGGGGAGCUCUCGACCUCCGAGGUCACCAAAGACUCCGUCCGCCUCUCCUGGACCGUCCAGGCUGGGGCCUUCGACUCCUUCCUCCUGCAGUACCGGGACGCGGACGGCAAACCCCAGGCCCUGCCCGUGGACGGGGGAUCCCGCACGCUCGUCGUCUCCGACCUGCUCCCCUCCCGCAGAUACAAGUUCAACCUCUACGGCGUCUCCGGCCGCAAGCGCCUCGGCCCCAUCUCCACCGACGCCGUCACAGCCUUCCUGGAAGCCUCCAGCGUGACGCCCGCCCGGCUGGAGCAGCUGCUGGUCUCCGAGGUGACCCCGACCUCCCUGCGGCUGCGCUGGGACGCGCCCGAGGGCGACUUCGACACCUUCCUCAUCCGGUACCGGGCCGAGGGCCGGGGUCCCGCCCAGGAGGUGCCGGUGCCGGGGGCCCAGCGCUCGGCCGUGCUGCGGGGGCUGCGGCCCGGCACCGAAUACGGCCUGGCCGUGUACGGCCUGCGGCAGGGCGAGGAGACGGCCAAUGUCCAUGGGGCCGCACGGACCAGCAGCCUUGAGCUGGAGAGCCCCCGGGACCUGCGCUUCAGCGACGUCCGAGAGACCUCGGUGGGGGUGACCUGGGGGGCCCCGUCCACCCACGUCGACCACUACAAGGUGUCCUUCCAGCUGCGCCACGGGGGGGAGCCGCAGAGCACGAUGGUCGAGGGCACCAGGCUGCAGACGACGCUCGAGGGGCUGAUCCCCGGGGCCAGCUACGAGGUCAGCGUCAUGGCCGUGCGGGGCUUCGAGGAGAGCGAGCCGCUGGUGGGCUACGUCACCACGGUCCCUGACGGCCCCUCGGACCUGCGCGCCGUCAACGUCGCCGACACCUCGGCCCUGCUGCGCUGGCGCCCGCCCCAGGCCCCCGUCCAGAGCUACGAGCUGAGCUACGGGCCCCCCCAGGGCCCCUCGGUGACACUGCAGCUCCCCGGGGACCGGGCCGAGCACCCCCUGGCUGGGCUGCGGCUGGACACCGAGUAUCUGGUCACCGUCCAUGGGGUGACGGGGGGCAACCGCAGCUCCCCAGCCAGCGCCACCUUCACCACCGGACUGGAUGCCCCCCGGGACCUGCGAGCCACCGAGCUGACCCCCCGCAGCGCCCGGCUCUCCUGGACCCCCCCCCACAUCCCCCCCGCUGGCUACGUGCUGAGCUACGAGACGCCCCCCGGCCAAAUGCAGGAGAUCCCCCUGGGCCCUGACGCCGCCUCCCACCAGCUGAGCAACCUGACCCCCUCCAGCCGCUACCAGGUCCGGGUGCAGGCGAUCCGGGGGGGCCGCCCCAGCACCCCCAUCGCCACCUCCUUCAACACCGUCUGGCUGAGCUACCCCUUCCCCCGGGACUGCGUGGAGGAGCAGCUGAACGGGCCGGGCCCCUCCCGCGAGGUGACCAUCUACCUGGGGGGCGACAGGCAGCGCCCCCUGCAGGUGUACUGUGACAUGGAGACCGACGGGGGCGGCUGGCUGGUGUUCCAGCGUCGCAUGAACGGCGAGACGGAUUUCUGGCGCGACUGGGAGGACUAUGCCCAGGGCUUCGGGAACCGGUCCCAGGAGUUCUGGCUGGGUAACGACGCCCUGCACGAGCUGACGGCGGGGGGGGAGCAGGAGCUGCGGGUGGAUCUCCGGGCCGGGGCCGAGGCCGUGUUCGCCCAGUACCAGCGGUUCCAAGUGGACCCCCCCAGCGAGCAUUAUCGCCUGCACCUCGGCAGCUACCGCGGCACGGCUGGCGACGCGCUGAGCUACCACUCGGGCAGCGUCUUCUCGACCCGGGACCGGGACCCGAACCGGCUGCUGAUCCCCUGCGCGGUGUCCUACCGCGGGGCCUGGUGGUACCGCAACUGCCACUAUGCCAACCUCAACGGGCUCUACGGCAGCCGCCGGGACCACCAGGGCGUGAACUGGUUUAACUGGAAAGGCUUCGAGUUCUCCAUCCCCUUCACCGAGAUGAAGCUGCGGCCGCGGCGAGGCUGAGGGGGCCGGACGGACAGAGGGACGCGAGGGACAGCGCAGCACUGCCGGGCACCACGAGGAGACCCCCCCAGAGACCCCCCUUCCCCACAGAGCCCCACAAUGCUUAACUCCCUCCAUACCCCCCCGCUCACCUAGCCCCCCCCCCCGCGGGGUCCCUGCUGCCCACAGUACAGCAGGCCCAGGCUGAAGGGAGCAACCCAGCCAGCUGGGGGGCAGAUGGAACCCAGGAAUCCUGACCCCCAGCUCCUCUGGGGCUCCCCUGUCCCCUCCCCGAGCAGGGGGCCUGUGGGGAGGCAGGGGAGCAAGCGAUGACCCCACUCCCGGUGGAGCAACGGAGACGGAUGGACCCAAAGCACCUUUAUUCUGACUGAAACAGCCUGGAUGGGCAAGGACCUUGUGGGGCAGAGUUAAGGGGGCUAGCCGGGAAAUCUGGGGAGGGCAGAGUUAAGGGGGUUUGCCAGGGGCUGUACAGAGUCUAUU